AUGGCUCCUGGUAUCAUUUCCCCCGUGCCGGGUACUCCCCUCUCCCCCCUCUAUAACAACGGCUUCGGCUCGCGUCAGGUCUCCAGCGCUUCUGCUAUGUUCGAGAGUGACAGUCUUUCCCAGAAUGGCAUGUCUCGCUCGGUGCGCCGGGAGUCUGGAGUCCCACGCAAGCUUGUUGGCGCUGGCAACUCUCAGAUCAGCAGCGUUGUGAACAGCUGGUAUGCGCGCAGUGGCAAUGAGCUCGGUGCUAGUGCCUUCUCUCGUUUGAGCCACAACCACACUCACCUUUCCAUCAUCGAAUGGAUUCGCCAGCAGCGCAUGAGCCACCUGCCCGCUGAGGGUAGCAGCUACGAUAAGGUGCUGGGUUGGGCGCAGCUGUUCGUCGAGCGUCUGCACUCCUUCGAGCUCAACAUCCACCACUUUGCUGGCGACAGCCAUCUUGCUACCCAGCUGUCUUAUGGCUUCUGUGAUCUGCUCCUCCAGCUCGGAAAGGAGAAUGCCAAGGCUCUCAUGCUCUCCUUCGGCUUCUUCUACAGCACCUCUUCCGUGCUGGUCAACCUGAUGGAGCGCACUGAGCUGUUCGAUGUCUCCCAGGAGAUCAAGGAGCAGCUCAUUCUUGCUCUGUCUGACUUGGUUAACCUGGUUGCGAGUGUCUCUAUCUAUUUCCACCAGUCCAUCAACGACCAGACCACCGAAUCUGUCUCCGUCGAUAUCUACCACACCUUCCCCAACCAGAUUGGGUCUUUCCGUGAGCGUUGCGAGAAGAUUGCCGAGUCCAUGUGGCGCCACCAGCUUGUCAGGGAAGGCGUUGAGACCGAUAAGGUUUCCGUUCUCAAGGCUGUCAAGUCCUGGCUCGCACCUGAGGACCGUGUCCUCAGCCACUUGGCCGAGAACACCUCCCACCUUGCCCAUGAGCGUGAAGAGAACACCUGCCUCUGGAUGGCUCCCCACCUGACUCGCUUCCUUAAGAGUGACAAGUCUUCCCUGUCAUUCACUGGCAAGCCUGGCUCUGGAAAGACCGUCCUGGCCUCAGUCAUCGUCGACCGUCUUCAGGACCCCAUUGGUGGUGUCACCUAUAAGACUCUCUUCGUUCCCAUCAACGCCCGCAUCCCAGCCUCCACCCAGCCCGUUGCCGUCGCGAAGACCAUUCUGUCCCAACUGUUCGAGAAGCGUAUUGGAAAUGUUCAGCUGCUGCAAAUUCUGGGUGACGCUUAUGAGCGUAGCCGCAAGACCACCUCUGCCGAGGACUACGAGGCUAUUCUGUGGAACGCCCUGGAGCGUGCUCUAGCUGCCGCCCUCCGCAAUGCUAAGGAGUUGGUCAUCAUCGUUGAUGGCCUCGAUGAGGCUGCUUUCGGCGAGAGCGCUUUGCUGAAGAAGCUGACCACUGCUUCUGCCAAUGGUACCAACGUGAGGCUGGUUACUCUGGGCUCUGAGAAGCCUCCUGCUUCCGACAACGUCCUCCAUGUCCCGAUCGUCGAUGAGCGCAUCGCCGACGAUAUCUCUAUUGUGGUGCGCAGCAACUUGGAGCACAGCAAGGUCUUCCAACAGAUGCCUGAGAUGGACCAGGAGACCGUGAUUGAUAAGAUCUCCGAGGCUUCCAAGGGCUCUUUCUUGUGGGCUAAGCUUUGCUCCAAGCGUGCCCAGCACGAGUCUUCUCCCGAGAACCUGACCAAGGCCGUUGAUACUGUCAUCAGCAGCAAGAUCACCGUCACUGACUUUGUGAUUCACUCGCUGUCAAACACCGAUGUCACCGAGGAUGCUAAGCACAUGCUGCUGUGGCUCGCUACGGCCGACCGUCCUCUGUCGCCCCGUGAGCUCGUCGCUUUGAGCCAGGUUCAGCCCGAGAAGCUCACUGUGACCGACCGCAAGGUCGAGCCGAUGAAGAUUCUCCAGCCCUUGAGCUCUCUUAUCUUCCUCCAGGACGGUCAGCUGUAUCUGCGUCACGGCUUGAUUCGCUCUGCUGUCUUGGAUAUCUUCUCCAAGGGGAAGCUGAUUCCUACCAUCAAGGAUCACCACGCCGACUUUGUCACUCGUCUUUUGGUCUACGUCAAGUUUGCUGUUCCCGAGCAACACGAGCCUUCGCUCACUCCUCUGGAUCGCCAGGACAUCAACCUCUUGACGCACCGCUACCCUCUUCUGGACUUUGCCGUGCGCUACUGGCCCCGUCACCUUACCCAGACCACCACCUACACCACCGGAGGUGAUGUUCCCACGGCUAAGGAGUACAGCAAGGUCUUCCCCACUAGUAUCACUGUGCUUCUCCUUCAGAACACUCUGUGGCACUCCAUCUCGACCCCGACCCUGCUCACCUACCAGACCACUGUCACCAACCUGCUCCGUAACAUUUUGACCACGAACAGCCCGGUGACUCUGCAGUCCAUCAUCACUCUGGCUUUCUUCAACCGUGAUAUUAGCCGUCUUCCUGAGGCCGUCACUCUGUUCUACGAGCUCACAACCAUCAGUAACACUCUGCUGACCGCCAAGCACCUCAUUACUAUGAAGAUUGCUGCUCUUUUCAUUGAGCUGACCACCGAGAGUGUGACCACCUCGAGGACCGACAUCAUGAUCAAGCGUGAGGAGAUCCUCAAGAUCGUCCUAGAGAGCUACAAGGUUCACUACGGUCAGACUUCUGAGCGUGUGACCAGCACCCUGAACACCCUGAUCGAGCACUAUCGUUUGACCAAGGAGGAGCAGAAGCUGCAAGAGAUCACCAUUUCUCUGAAGGCUCUCACUACCGUCGAUACUGGAUACGAGAAUGAUACUCGUGGUGAUCUCCAUGUGCACCUGAAGGGCCACAAGCGCCAGGAUAGCGAUUUCGGAAUCCGCUUUGUUCUGGAUGCCGAGGAGGAUGAGCGUGAGUCGGACUCCUUCGACUACCAGGCUCUUGUGCAGCUUGCCCAGAAGUACACUGCUGAGGGCAAGAUUGCCCAGGCUGAGCGUGUGUACGUUGAGAUCUGGCAGCGUGCCAGCAAGGAGUCUCGCAUCCAAUACUCCACCUACUGGGAGGAAAUCAAGCUCCAGGCCGUUACUGUGUACUCCGAGUUCCUGCGCACCCAGAAGCGUGAGACUGAGUCCUCUUCCAUCCUGUCCAGCGUCUGGGAGGAGUACCGUCACACCAGCCUUGCUCUGUCCGAGUCUACCACCAAGCACUUCCACCAGAUUGCUAAGGUCAUGACUGCUGUCGGUCUGUCGACCGCUGCCCUGUCUAUCUUCAAGCAGUGUGCCCACUACUACCAGAGCACCAACAGCACCAAGUCUUCCUCCUACUCUGAGAUCCAGGAGAGCAUCAAGUCGACCCACCAGCAAGUGAUUAAGCAGGCUAGCUCGUCGUCCUCGGUCACCUCCGAGUCUACUCUGGAGGAGAUUGUGUACGAGGCUUCCUCGUCCAUUUCCAAGAUUGACGAGAGCUCCUUCACUGCUACCAGCACCCUGGUUGAGCUGUACGUUGCUCAGCACCGCUGGAAGGAUGCCACUCGCGUUGUCAAGAAGGUCCUCCAGGGCCUGUGGCCUUCGCUGUUUGCUCCCUCUAUCCAGGAUGUGACUCUGCCCUCCAAGCACGUCGAGAAGUGUGUCGACCUUGCCGAGCGCCUCAGCCAGUGCUACCACUUCCGCCGUCGCUUCCCUCGUGAGGAGAACACUCGCAUUCGCGUCUACCGUGCUGUUCGUGCCGGUCGCCCUGUCGAUGACAAGCUGCGUGAGCGCAUCACAAUGGAGCUGAUCCGCUUCUACGAGAUCUCUAAGCAGCCUGACAAUGUCAUCAGCAUCUGGCAGGAGAUCCUUGAUGACCAGAUCAAGCACUAUGGCCCCGAGAACCCCAUUGUUAUCAAGACUCUGUGGACUUUGGCUCAGAAGACUCAUCCUCGCCCUAUCUCUGUCGAGUACUACCAGCGCAUCAUCAAGGCUCUCAACAAGGAUUCUCCGGUUUGCCAGCCUGAUGCUAUUGAGCCUCUUAUCAUUGUUGCCACUGAGCUUUGGACCCAGAGCCGCUACUCCGAUGCUGUGCACUACUUCGCUCUGCUGUUCACUACUUUCCUGAACCAGCCCAAGUCUCCUCGCUUCCAGGAUACCAAGUUUGUCCAGGAGAUCUUCGACCGUUACACUCACGUGCUGCGCACUGUCCGCACUGACUACUCUGUGAUUCACAAGGUCACCGUGGACUUCCAGACGAAGGUCAAGAUUGUGUUCGGUGCUACUGCUACCAUCACUAUUCAGGCCACUUUGACUCUCGCCAAGGUCUGCCAGGAGUCCAAGCGUUACGAGACUGACGCCAUCGCUCUGUACGAGGAGUUGCUGAAGACCAAGACCACGGAGAUUGAUCUUGAGGAGAUCUCUGCCACUCUUGAUGGCAUCUACGAGGAGCAGACCAGCGUCGCCCUUUCCAAGUCCGAGUCGGUUUCGGCCAGCCAGGUUGAGCGUGCCUCCAAGGUUCUGCGCAAGCGCAUUACCACUAUGCGUAAGGAGACAGGCUGGGCUUCCGAGGAGUCUAUCUCCGAGCUGAAGAAGAUUGUUUCUUUCCACUCCAAGCACAGCGAGAGCUCUGCUGUCACCAAGGAGCUGAAGGAAUCCACCAUCAACGUCCUCACCCAGGAGACUUCCUCCACUCGUCUUGUCUCUGCUGCUAUCGCUAUCGCUUCUAGCUAUAUUGAGACCAACCAGUCUUCCAAGGCGACUGAGAUGUCGGAGGAGCUGUACCGCCAGGUUGUCAUGAAGGACACCUCUAACACCAAGAACUCCCAGUUUGACGUUUCCAAGCAGGGCCGCCAGAGCCUCGUCUUCCUGGCCCAGCUUGAGCACAGCCUGCGCCGGACUACAUCCUCCAUCACCGAGAUCCUGGCCGCGCUGACCACCGAGUAUGUGUACUUUGAGGAGUUCCGCAGCCUGACCACCUCCAAGACUGCCUCCUUCCACACCGUCUCUGUCUCUGCCUCGCGUCUGUAUCAGUUCUUGAUCCGCAGCAACCGCUCCACCGCUGCCAACGUCGUCUUUGGCGACUUCGUCACUUACUUCAUUGGUACUGAGGGCAAGCGAACCAAGUUGACCGAUGCUGCUCAGGUCAAGAUCUUCCUCUUGACCAUCGUCGACCACUUCCAUACCCACACCUCUUCUAACUUCAUUCGCUCGGUCGGUAUCGCCAGCAACACUCGUGUUCUGGAGCUCCUUCAAGCCCAGCGUUAUGAAGAGGCUUCCAACCUGGCCCUGGCUGCAUUCCAGUACAUCUCGGCCCACGACUCUUUCCGAACUCCUUCAGUUGUCAAGUUCGUGUUCACCCUCGGUGUCUUCAUCACUGGCCGUACCAGCCAGCCUCAGCCCGGCCAGACCACUCAGAAGAAGCUGUCCGGCGUCUCUGCCAUCAUCAUCCAGGAGGUUCUCCGUGUCAUCAGUGACCUGAAAAUCAACCUGGCCCAGAUCGGCCUGGACUACCUCAACAUCCUCAUCGGUCUGCUCGGCGAGCAGAAGGACUACAAGAACCUUGUCUGGCUGCUGUCCGGUCUCUGGGCCAGCCGCAACCAGCAAAACUGGUCCUCCAGCAUCACCUUGGGUCUGGCCCGCCGCUACAUUCUGGCCCGCUACUUGUCCGGUGACGCUCUCAAGGCUGCCCGUCUCGCCGAGGACGUCGUCUACAACUGUCGCCGUGUCAACGGUGCUCACCACAACAGCACCUUGGAGAUCUCUACUCUCCUUUCCCAGCUGUACACUGGCAUUGCUCAGCAGUACCUGGAGCGCAAGGGUGGUCAGCAUAUGGCUGGUAAGUACUAUAAGAAGAGCGCCGGUGUUCACGAGAACCUCCUCCGCAUUCUCAUCGACCCCUCCUUCGCUGAGUUUGAGGGUGGCCUUGACGGCUCUAUGAGCAUGGAUGGCUCCGCCUACGAGCUGGACAUCAGCGACUCUGGCAGCGGAGUUACUCUCUCCGAGGGCGAGCACGCCCGCCAGCACCUGCAGCUCCUCAAGCUGUCCGUCCAGCGCCUGGGUGACUGGCCCAAGGACUACGCCGAGUACGAGAGCCUUAACGCCGAAGUCUUCAACCAGUUCAAAACCGAGCUGGCUGGCGUCGAGGGCGUUGAGAAGUGGGACCUCAAGAAGUUUGGUGGUGGCAAGGCCGCGGGUAGUGAGGACACCCUCCAGACCGAGAUUAAGUUCUGGGAGUUGGAUCUCGGACAGAACAACGGCGAGAUCGAAGAGGAACUGUAA